AUGCAGGCUGUCCUCAAUGGACAGCCUGCGACCAUCAGACGCACAAGGCAGGCAGAUAUGUUCGAUGACCUGUUGGAACAAGCCACUGUCCUAAAGGAACAGAGCAAGCCUUUCGUUCUUGCGACCGUUGUCGCCUGCAAGCCGCCUACUUCGGCAAAACCGGGUGCCAAGGCUAUCGUCCAGCAAGACGGAAGCUUCCAUGGCUGGGUCGGCGGCAGUUGCGCCCAGCCCCUGGUUACGCAGGAAUCGCUGAAGGCUUUACAGGACGGGCAGGCUCGGCUUGUGCUUCUGGCCCCCAAUCCGCAAGAGGUGGAUGUCGGGCUGGAGGGAACCGUACUCAUCCCAAUGACAUGUCAGAGUGAAGGCACGCUGGCUAUCUAUCUGGAGCCUUGUCUGCCCAAGCCCGAACUGUUUGUGAUCGGUCAGUCCCCCAUGGCGCGGAGUUUGGCCGCACUGGGCGACAGCCUGGAGUUUCGGGUUUACGCCUGCGACCCGUCUGCCACCAGAGAACUGUUCCCCAACGCCGAGACGCUGGUGCAACAACUGAAAGGUAUGAGAGAACUGAUAGGCCCUCGCAGCUAUGUAGUAGUAGCAACUAUGGGACACUAUGACGAGGAGGCACUUGAGGAGAUUCUCAGCGGUAAAGCCGGUUAUGUUGGGCUGGUUGCCAGUCCGAGGAGGGGACGCGCUGUCAUUGAGUAUCUUCAGGGCAGAGGCAUUUCCUCUGAUGCGCUGCAAAGAGUGAAAUAUCCGGCGGGGCUGGAUAUAGGCGCCGAGACGCCGGAAGAGAUCGCCCUGAGCAUUCUGACCGAGAUUGUCCAGAGAAUGCGCGCCGAUUGGAAGGGGGUUUCGCCGGAGCCUGCGACGCAAGCCACUCGGGUGGACUCCAUAGACCCUAUCUGUAAUAUGACAAUCAAUGUGGCCGAGUCCCGCUACCAUUCCAACUACAACGGGACUACCUUCCACUUCUGUUGCCUGAGUUGCAAGGAAGAGUUUGAGCGGGCGCCCGACAGAUACGCAGUGCCUGUCAGCUAG